CAACGGCAGAAAAAUUAUCAUUCGAAUUAUCGAUUAAGUAGUAAACCUUUGAAAAUGGCUUAUUACCUUCUUUUUAUAGUUUUAUUAAGUGUCAUUUGUGGCUUUGGUAACGCUAAUCUCUACGAGGAUAGCGACUGGCAAGACUGGAGUUUAUUUAAGUUAAAAUUUCACAAACAGUAUGAGGACGAACUAGAAGAAAGCAAACGAUUCGAAAUAUUUAAGCUUAAUAAGCUUUUUAUUGAAAAUCAUAAUAAAUUGUACGAGAAUGGCUUAACAACGUUUGAUCUUGGCAUUAAUCAUUUUGCUGAUCUAACUUUUGAAGAAUUUUUAAAGUUUUACACCAUGAAUACUACGGAAUAUGAUUAUGGAUCUGAAAUGGAUGCACUUAUCCCUGAAGAUGAUACCAUAUAUGAUUUAUCAGAAGAAGAUGGAAAUGUACAAAACUCCAUGGAUUGGAGACAAAGAGGGGUAGUUACAGGUGUGAAGAAUCAAGGACGGUGUGGCUCCUGUUGGAGCUUUGCAGCUACUGGUGCCGUGGAGAGUCACUGGGCUAUAAGAACCAAAAGAUUAGUCUCUUUAAGUGAACAAAACCUCAUGGACUGUUCAACAAAAAAUUCAGCCUGUAAAGGUGGAGCUGCUACUAAGGCUUUUGAGUAUAUUGCUGCCAAUAGAGGCAUUGACACCGAGAGAUCCUACCCUUACCAAGCGAAAAAAUUGAAGUGCAGAUACAAUCCUCACAAUGUGGGUGCUCGUAUCCGAUCCUACAAGAUGUCAAGACGAGGUAAUGAAAAUAAUCUUUUACAUACAAUUGCUGAAGUUGGUCCGGCAGCAGUAUCUAUAGACCCGGAUUCUCCUCAUCUACAAUUCUAUCGAUCAGGAGUGUUUUACAACGCUCACUGUAAAAUCAAUAAGGGUGGACAUGCUAUGUUGGUAGUAGGGUAUGGUCGACAGGGUAAUAGUGACUACUGGCUAACAAAAAAUUCUUGGGGUGCCCAUUGGGGGGAAGGAGGGUAUGUCAAAAUGUCUAGAAACAGAGGAAAUAAUUGUGGAAUUGCUGAUAGGGCUGUGUAUCCGAUUAUUUAAUUUUUCUAUGUUAAGAUAUAAAUGAAUAAAAUUUGAAAUAUUAGCUAG